GUGCGAAGACUUGAAUUAUAUGUAAUUGAGAACAUUACAUUGCGUUAUGUACAUAAAUAAGUUACAGACAUUGUGGACUAGUAUUUUAUUCGUACUAAUAAAGAACGAUAUCUACUCCCGAGCGGACGGUCCAUAUUGCACUUAUAAUCGUACGAAAACCGAAAACAUUCCUGUAUGGAAGAGGAAUAAAGAAAAUGAAAAGUAUAUUGAAUUUGAAACCACGAUAAAAUGGAAUUUGAUACAAGAUUGCUGUGAAGGUUAUAGAAAAAUCAAUCAGGAUAUAUGUGCGGCGAUAUGUAGUGAUGACUGUGACAAUAAUGCAAUAUGUAUAGCGCCAGAUACUUGCAAAUGUAAAGAUGGCUACAAAGAAGCACCAGACAAUAAUCUGUGUUUACCGAAUUGUGAAGAUAAGUGUCCUACAAAUUCAUUAUGUAUCGCUCCAUUUUAUUGUGAAUGCUUAGAAGGUUAUAGAAAAGCAAAUGAUGAAUGUGUGCCCAUAUGCACAGUCGAAUGUCGGAAUAGUUUUUGCGUAGCACCGGAAAAAUGUGAGUGUUAUAAAAAUUACGAAUUACAAGAUGGAUCGUGCCAAUUAUCUUUAUUCCAUACUUUACUAGAAGUUAAGAAUCAAUUAGAGAAACAUGAAACAGUUACUGAACAAAAUCUUAAACCAAUUCACACAACGGGUAACUAUGCUAUAAAAAAAGUCAACAGUGCAUCGUUCGAGAAUUCCAAAACCCCUUCAAUGAAUGGGUCUCAUAUUUGGGGAAAUAUAUUAAUAGCAUGUGCUACUUUCAUCUUGUUGGUACUGAUAGCUUUUUGUUUAUACUUAGCAUUUAUUCGUGAUUAUGGAACAUAUGAUGUCGAAGAUCAAGAAAACUUUCACUGCGAUGUUAGUAAUAACAAAAAUUACAACGAAUUAAGGUGUGAUUAAACUAACAGAAGUUUUUAAUAAACUCAUUAUAUAUU